GUGCAAUGUUGGCCGCAACCGCCCGCUGGGCGCAUUGGGACGGCCGCAUUUGUAGAAUUAUGAUCCAAUUAAAAGUAACUUAGACGCGGACACGGUAUGCGGGAGAACUUGUUGCUCUCCCGAAAUGGCCUUUUUUUUGCCUCGGCAGGUCGCGGGUAGAGGCCGUCCUGCAAAGGCGCCAGCGCAGCAUCGAGGCACACCGGCAUGAUUUCCGCCACCAACACGAAGUACCCCACCUUGUAUUGUCGGCGUUUGUCAAGUCUGUGGCUUUGGGUGCCUACGUUUUUAUGGCCUAGAUUCACCCUUCCAUCACUUUUGAUAUAAGUUUAGGCCAGGGACCAGCUUGCAUCAUGCCAUCUGUUCAACAUUAAGGUCAUCCCUAAACCGCAUAUCACGGCCGUUCAUUGAAUCCUGUCUGUUCAUCUUCAUCUUGCAAGAUACCCAAUCUACUCUUUUUCGCCGACCCCUUCCUUCCAUUCUAUCAACAUGGCCUCCAAAGGGAAAUCUAAGGAGCACCUACAAGGUUAUCUUGAAGAUCCUCCGGUGUAUCAAUGCCGGUCGUGCAACCGGGAUUUCAAGACCCAGGAAUCUCUGCGGCAGCACGCUCGCGACUCACCUGCUCACUCUCCAUCUGUCACCUGUGACUUGUGCUACCGGACCUUCAACACCGACGAGGCUCUUGAACAGCACCGCAAGCACGCGAGGAUUCAUCAACCGGAGUCGCAACAGCCGCGUAUCAAGACCCCUCUGGAUGAGUUCUUCCUCUCCUUCGAGGGAUUCGAGUACAACCCCGCUCACCCGCCGGCCAGGUCUUUUGAGCGUCUGGGAUUUCAUCACGACUGGGAAAGCAACAGCCCUGCGUACAAAAACGCCCGGAAAAAGUACCAGGAUGCACUGAACAGUGAGCUGCAGAUGUGGUACGGCUCGACUGAUGACUUGAAGGCGUGGCAUACGCUCUGCCGUGCCAUCGGCAUCAAGCCGCUGCCGGAGUCGUGCGGUCAAUGCAAGAAGGCUGUGCGCAAAAAGCACGUCAACAUUGUCGACUUGAUCGACUGGGCACGCCACCGGGAAACUAGCGAUACACCAGUUCAGACAUUCAGAAGUGUGGCACAGCUACAGACAUAUACCGUCGAGACGGACAAGAUCUUCAGCAAAAAGAAGGCCAAGGCCGGUGCCCAUGGCAAAAACACUGUGUUGAAGCACUUGCUGCGCACCAUCUUUUGACGAGAUCUUUUCUUGCCAGCAAUAACCCCCAGAGAUUGAUGUUUUUAUCAUGAUUCUUGUCACUUGUUCCCUGGCCGGAGAUGUGUUCUGCAACAAGGAGAGGCGCAGGGCCUGAGCUGACUGUGCCAAGAUCAGGAACCGGGAAUUUGAGGGUUGGUGUCUUUUUUUUCUCGGUCUUUGUUACCACCUUUUGAUAUCUGGAGUUGGAGGUUUUGUUUCCAGUUACUUUCCCAUGAACUAGGUAGUCACUUAGUACGCAAACCACGUGCAAAGUUGCAGCAUCUGAUAAUGCCACAACUGUGGUGGCCGGAUGCCUAUCCAGAAUGACGCUUCGAUUGAGCCUACCAUAGCAAUGUGAACGACAAG